ACGAGCCGGGACAGACGAUGUCAAUGUUUGACAUUUGGUUUGGUUGGGAGUAGGUGUCCGUGGGCUCCUGUUCGGCGCGAAUAUUCUCAGACUUCUGUAGACAUGUCAAUACCUUUAGCGUUAGCCAGUGGGACUGGCCGUUUCUAUAAACAUUCUGCAAAGAUAAUCAGAUUCGCCCGUCAUGGAUGCACGAAUAGGCCGUUUUUCCACAUUGUUGUUAUGGAGCGCCGAAAGGCUCAGCACCAGCCGGUGAUCGAGCAGUUGGGGACUUACGAUCCAUUUCCAAAUGAACACGAGGAGCAUCUCGUCGCGUUCAAUUUCGAGCGAAUCCGUUACUGGUUGGGCAAUGGAGCACAUUUGUCUACGCCUGUCGCGGAGCUCCUGGGAAUCGCCGGAUUGCUACCCAUCCACCCGCGGACCUACAUGACAGCUUGGAGGAAUCGAAGGGCCGCCGAGGAAGCUGCCGCUAAAGCCAGUGAAAGUGGGGCGGACGCGAAUAAAGCACCAGAGAGCAAAGAGGGUGGAAGCGGUACGAGUUAGUGUUAUUAGGGUUUGAUGUUUCGUUUGUAUGUAGUUAAUAAAAGGAUCUAAAAGUA